AUUAUUCCGCGUUGGCCUGGACGUGGCACCGAGGAGGAGCCGCCGUUCUCCGCCUGUUUUCUCCGCUCGUCUACCCGCUGUUCUCCGCCCGUUCUCCGGCUCCGACCAGCAGCUUCCCCCGGACCGACCGGCCGACUCUCCCCGCCAGGUGUUGCCUAACCGCCCGGGACUCUCGCUGAAGAUGGGUCUGACCAUCUCGUCUCUGUUCUCCAAGCUCUUCGGGAAGAAGCAGAUGAGGAUACUGAUGGUCGGUUUGGACGCAGCCGGUAAAACCACGAUCCUGUACAAGCUGAAGCUCGGAGAGAUCGUCACCACCAUCCCAACUAUCGGUUUUAACGUGGAGACGGUGGAGUACAAGAACAUCUGCUUCACAGUCUGGGACGUCGGCGGUCAGGACAAGAUCAGGCCUCUGUGGAGACACUACUUCCAGAACACACAGGGUCUGAUCUUCGUGGUGGACAGCAACGACAGAGAGAGAGUAGCAGAGUCGGCAGAGGAGCUCGGCAAGAUGGUCCAGGAGGACGAGCUGAAGGAGGCGGUGCUUCUGGUGUUCGCCAACAAACAGGAUCUUCCCAACGCCAUGGGAGUCAGCGAGCUCACCGACAAACUGGGUCUGCACAGCAUGCGCAGCAGAACCUGGCACGUCCAGGCCACCUGUGCCACUCAGGGUACAGGUCUUUACGAGGGUCUGGACUGGUUGUCCAACGAGCUGUCGAAACGCUAAACCACCUGACAGGAAGCAGGAAGCAGCAGACUGAUGUCACCGACUGAUGUCACCGACUGAUGUCACCGUGUACAAACGGAGGGGGAGGAGCUUCACAGGACUGUUUGGUUUCUUCUUUUUUUUUAAAUUAUAAAUGUGUGUCUGUAGGAGGAAGUGAUGUCAUGGACUCUGAGCUCACCUUGAUUUCCCAUCAUCCUCUUCUUCUUCUUCUUUUUCUGUUCUUCCUGCAGGUUUUUGGGGGUUUUUUUCUUUUAAUCCGCAUGUUUUAACUCAUGUGACAGGAUGUUGUGGAAGAGGAGGGGCGGGGCUUACAGCAGGUGACAGUCACCUGGGGGGCCAGGUGGGCGGAGUUUAUGGCAGGUGCCCGUUACCUGGAGGUCAGGGGGCGGGGUUAAUGGCAGGUGACAGUCACCUGGUCGUGUGAUGACUCAUUCCACAGAGCCGAGCCUGUCGGCCUCGUCAUUCCUUAUUAAUGUGAAGAAGAAGAAACGCAGCGACAACGAUGAUGCAAUAAAGGUUUUUUUUUUCUUCUCACGUG